CUGUUUCAAAAUGGCUGCGCCCAUUGAAUGUUGCAUCUGAUCUCUGUAAAAAAUGUUCUACUCGAUAUUCUAAAACCAAAGAAGUUACAAAAACAUUAUUUUAUGCAAUAAGAAAUGGCGUCAAAUGAGGCUCAACAGGAAGAAUUGGAAGUUUUAAAAUCUAUCUAUGAUGGUGACAAUGCCUUCAAGCAAAUCAGUGAGACUGUGUUUCAGUAUAAGUUUGGUGAAGAUGGCAGCUACAAAUCAUUCCUUGUGGAGAUAAGCUGGCCACCAAAUUACCCAGAAGAACCCCCAACUAUAAGUUUAGAACUUUUCUACAACAAGCAUGUCAUUCCAUCUGUGAAAGAAGCAGUUAAAGCUGGCUUGCUGCAACAGACAGAAGAUCUAAUGGGCAUGUCCAUGACCUUCUCCUUGUUUGAGUGGGUCAAGGACAACUUGGACAGUUUGCUAUCUGAGCAGCCUGAAACACCUAUUAUAAGUGCGCCCACCCAGGAAACUGUAGAUGAAUCUGAUGACUCUCCUGCCAAAAAAGAUAAAAAGGAGCAGCUGACCAAAUCCCAGAAGAGGAGAUUGUUUGACAGGUUCGGCACGUCUGACCGCCCCCGCGGCUGGGACUGGGUAGAUAUUAUAAAACACUUGUCACAGACCGGAGGAAAACAGGAGUGACCAGCUAGUCAUCUGUGUGAUAUUUAUAGUCUGCUGCACGUCUGCUGAAAGCUGGCUGGGUGGGUCUGCUGGUCUUGUUCAUUUAGGUAGUGCCUUUAAAUAAAGAAAUUUUAAUUGUGAAAAAUCAGUUUACAUUAUUCAAAAGAAAAGAAAAUUGUUUACAAUUUGCUCCAUUUAAGAGCAUUUAAAGUUUAAUGCCACAUUUGGUUCAUUAUCUUACUUCCUGAAUGAAUUCACCAUAUAUAAAUUAUUUAAGUAAAAUUAAAAUAAUUCUAAAAAAUAAUGUUCCCAGAUUAUCUUUUAAUAACAAACACUUCUAAAUUUUAUUUGAGCUUUGUUUUAGUCAUAAACUAUUUUUUUUAGCUUGGUUCGCGGUAUUUAAUUUUAGACCAGCUUAGUGUGACUGGUUGGUUGGUCAGUACCCCAAUAAAUCUUCAAUAACAUAUUUGUUUAUAGAAUUUUAAACUGUGAAUUUGGCCAUUUGAGAUGUUGUGUUUAGUAUCUGUUUAUAUGUGUGAGGUGUGCAUUUAUCAUUUUAUCUAUCAGAUGCUGUUUAAAAUUGUGUUGUAUCUGGAUGCUGAAUUUAGUGAAGUAUUUGAUAAUAAGCAUUUAUUCAAAUAAUGGGUUUUCUUCAUUUGUUUUGUGUGUUAGAUUUGUGUGUAUUGAAUGCUCAAUGAAAUAACUGGAAACUGUUGUCAUGUGUUAAUUGUAAUUAGAAUGAGUUUGUUAAUUCAAUUACAGACUGCUAAGAAUGAGUUUGUGGAUUUAAUUACAGACUGCUAAGAAUGAAUUUGUUAAUCUAAUUAGUAAUUACAAACAACUGUUGUCUAGUAAAUCUUUGUUAAAAAUGAAAAUGUUCUUGAGUUUAGUUUUAGCAGUAUGAAAAUGUUCUUGAGAUUAGCUUUAGCAGUUCAAAACUUGGUAUCAUUGAUUGAACUAGUUAUGAUUCAUUGUGAUUGUAUGUAUGGUGUAUUACCAUUAGAAUAAAUCCGUACAAAAAUAGGUGAUUUAGUUUAUAACAUUUUUAUCCAUAAAAUCAAUUAAUUUAACCUUCAUUUCUGUGUGUAUAUUACAUAUAUAAAA